AUGCGUGCACGAGGACGACAAGCCACUCGCCAUCGCCUUCGGGGAGUUCCUCCUGUGCGGCCUGGCCUUCAUCCCAGGGCCGAUUGUGUACGGGAUGCUGCUAGGAUGCCUGUUCUGCGGUAUGUCACUGGAUAUAGCAGUGUGGUACUACUGUAAAGAUCUACAAAUAUACGAACCGGACGACGGUAAAGAAGAAAACAACUUGAAGAAGGUACAAGACGCCGAAACACCUUUUCUGGAAAAGUCGUAAAUACUUGUUGAAAUGUUGUCCACUUGGCUUAUGCCUAUAUGGGACGAGAUAUUACCUCGUCGAUAUAUGGAGAAAAUCGAGGAUCUGUGAUGUGAGUGCAGCCCGCUGAAAAGCCUCGUGUGAUUCAAGAGAACUUUCACGCACGACAUUACUUCUCGCCGCACUUUCCCUCAUCUCCUCUGAUAACAAGAAUUGUACGUUUCCUCUGGCAUCGUGUUGCCUGAGUUAUGUGAGAAAUUGUUGCAUUACACACAGCUGGAUGUGAAAAAAUGUUUUAAGCCAAAGCAAUUAUUUAAGAUUUU